AUGUGCAAAUACCGCUGGCACAUCUACUCCUGCAACCACAUCGUCCGGCAUCGCAUCUCCUACUGCCUCGACCAUGGCUACAGCCAGAAAGGGUAUGGUCCUUGUCGCGGUUGGGAUGACCCACUAGAGAUCCUCUUCCAAACCAAAUGCGGCCCUUGCCUCAGGGAGGACUGGUUCGACUUUUGGAACCAAGUUCACAAUGAUCACACCAAGACACUCGAGGAUCUAGAUGCGGAAGCGAAUACCAUUGCGGCUAUGAAAGACGACCCCCGCCUCGCAAAAGGCACCACCCAGUUCAAGCUCCUCGGGUUCAACGCUCCAGAAUUCAAGUGCAACCUCUGCGAACUCUGGAAGGUCGAGGGCGAGUUCUGGACCAAGGAAAAGAAGCGUGGAUAUGCCACCGGUUCCUACGAUUUCGAACCUGGCAAGCCGUCUCCGUUGCGUAAUGAGGUUACCCCUGAGGACCUGCCAGAGCCGGAACCGGUCAAAGAAUUCGAAGAAUUCAAUGGAUUCAGGCCGGUGGCGGAGGAUGAAGACUGGGACCUCAAACUGGCGAAGGAGGCUCACCGAGCGGCUCGCCGGGCAAUGAUGUGA